GUAUCAAAGGGCAAUUCUAGAAUUGACUCCUGAUUUAGUUCUGUUCUGUUUAGUUCCAUUCCACAGGCCGGCAAGGGACCUGUGUUCCGCUUCCAGUGGUCUACACCAAGAACUGAAGGGCUGAAGAGAAAGAGACGAUUUAUUGUCCAGCACAGUGGAAUAUACUGGACACAGUGGCUCCUGAGACCAACAACAGCCCCGYCAUCUCAGCCUCUUCUUCCCUUCUUCCUCCUGCUGUGUGUGUCAGUCUGUCUUGAUCGUGAAGUCUUUUCCCCUCCUCUUUUCUAUCUACCAUCUCUUCUUCAGUCUGGGUCUACUUUCCACUGUCUCUGUCAUACCCUACCUGCAGUAWCACUGAGCUAUCUGGUGACGGAGUAAAGACAGUAUGUGUUGCACGGGGAAGUGUUCUCGUCUGGUGGGCCUGAUCCUGUUGCCCUCGGCGUUCGCCUGCAUCAUCUCCAACAUCCUCCUGUUCUUCCCCGACGGAAAGCAGCAGGACAGCAGUCAUGUCUCCCUGCAGGUCUGGCUCAUGGGUGGCCUCAUCGGAGGGGGAAUAUUCAUGCUGUGCCCCAGCUGUUCGGCUAUCAGGGCCGGGGGUAAGGGUUGCUGCGGAAAUGGUUGCUGCGGAAACCGUUGCAGAAUGCUGAACUCUGUCUUCUCGGCUGCUUUUGGUUUGGUCGGAGCGAUCUACUGCACCAGUGUCUCUUCAGCGGGACUGGCCAUUGGACCUAAAUGUCAGGUUGCUAGUGGAAAAUGGGAAUACCCCUUUGAGGACCUACCAGGUGGGAACAGCAGUUACCUGUUUGACCACUCCCUGUGGGACCUGUGUGUGAUCCCUGCCAAUGCGGCCCUGUGGCACCUGGUCCUCUUCUCCAUCACGCUGGGCCUGGGGGGCCUGCAACUCAUCCUCUGUGGCAUCCAGGUGGUCAACGGCUGCAUUGGCUGUUUCUGUGGGGACUGCCGUGAUGACAAGGAGGAUGAUGGUGGAUUGUGAGAUGGAGAGAGAGAAGAAGUAGAGAGGACUGCCCUGCAAUGCCACAGCCUAUGUUCAUGACAACUAGUGCUGAGCCAUUAGUGCUUUUUCAGGUCGGUUCAGUUUCGGUUCGAUU